GCGGUCCAAGAUGGCCGCGGUGUCGGUGUUCCCCGGCGUGCGGCUCCUCACGGUCGGGGACGCGAACGGGGAGAUCCAGCGGCACCAGGAGCAGCAGCCGCUGCGCCUCGAGGUCCGCACCGGCCCCGACAGCGCCGCCAUCGCCCUCUACGGCCACGAGGAUGUCUGCGUGUUCAAGUGCUCCGUGUCCCGCGAGACGGAGUGCAGCCGGGUGGGGAAGCAAUCCUUCAUCAUCACCCUGGGCUGCAACAGCGUGCUGCUGCAAUUCGGGACCCCCACCGAUUUCUGCUCUUUUUACAACAUCCUGAAGAACUGCCGGGGACACAACACGGAGCGCUCGGUGUUCAGCGAGCGCACCGAGGAGUCCUCGGCCGUGCAGUACUUCCAGUUCUACGGGUACCUGUCGCAGCAGCAGAACAUGAUGCAGGACUACGUGCGCACGGGGACGUACCAGCGGGCGAUCCUGCAGAACCACAGCGACUUCAAGGACAAGGUCUGCCAUUUUUCGGGGGGUUCAGCUCGUUUUGGGGGGAACCCGAUCUACGCCGUGGAGGCCAGCACCAUGGCCCAGCACGCCGAGGUGCUGGUGAAGAGCAACAACCUGACGGAGCGGAUCGUGGUGAUCCCGGGCAAGGUGGAGGAGGUGUCCCUGCCCGAGCAGGUGGACAUCAUCAUCUCCGAGCCCAUGGGCUACAUGCUCUUCAACGAGCGCAUGCUCGAGAGCUACCUGCACGCCAAGAAGUACCUGAAGCCCAGUGGGAACAUGUUCCCCACCAUCGGCGACGUGCACCUGGCGCCCUUCACGGACGAGCAGCUCUACAUGGAGCAGUUCACCAAGGCCAACUUCUGGUACCAGCCCUCCUUCCACGGCGUCGAUCUCUCGGCGCUGCGUGGCGCCGCCGUGGACGAGUACUUCAGGCAGCCGGUGGUGGACACUUUUGACAUCCGGAUUUUAAUGGCCAAAUCCGUCAAAUACACCGUGAACUUCUUGGAAGCCAAGGAGGGCGACUUGCACAGGAUAGAAAUCCCCUUCAAAUUCCACAUGCUACAGAGCUACGACAUCAGCAUCGUGGCCCAGGUGGACCAGACGGGCUCCAAAUCCUCCAACCUCCUGGACCUGAAAAACCCUUUCUUCAGGUACACGGGCACGACCCCCUCGCCGCCCCCCGGCUCCCACUACACGUCGCCGUCGGAGAACAUGUGGAGCACGGGCAGCACCUACAACAUGAGCACGGGCAUGGCCGUGGCCGGGAUGCCGGCGGCCUACGACCUGAGCAGCGUCAUCGCCGGGGGCUCCAACGUGGGGCACAACAACCUGAUCCCCCUGGCCAACACCGGCAUCGUCAACCACACCCACUCCCGGAUGGGCUCCAUCAUGAGCACGGGCAUCGUGCAAGGCUCGUCCAGCGGGCAGAGCGGCGCCGGCUCCAGCGGGCACUACCCCCUGAACAGCCAGUUCACCAUGGGCGGCCCCCCCAUCUCCAUGGCGUCCCCCAUGUCCAUCACCACCAACACCAUGCACUACGGCAGCUGAGGAGCCCAAAAUCCAGGGAAAAAACCAAAAUCCGACACCCCCGGGGCUGCCCCGCCCCGCCCGGGGCUUCCCCUCCUUCCCCCCCCUCCUCGCUCCGUGCCGGACCCGGAGGGGAAUUUGGAUUUUUUUGGGGAUUUUAUUUUUUUUGGGGGGGGGUUUGUUUUUUUGUUGUUGUUUUUCCUCGGGGAAGGUUUUGUACCGCUCGGAUUCCCGGGAUUGGGGCGGGGGGGGGGGGGGGGAAAAUUCCCUCCUCGCCCACCGGGAAUCCCCCCCCGGGAUGGGAAUCCCGCCGGGAAGAACGGGAACGGGGAACGGGCCGAGAGCCGCGGGCCAGGCCCCGUUCCGGGACGGGAUCGGGAAUUUUUCCGGGAUUUCUCCGGAAUUUCUCCGGCUGUAGUCUGAAUAAACGGGAGGGUUUCCACA